AUGGAAGAAGAAUAUGUAUCAGAAAUUAUACUUGAAUUACAACCAAGGUCUCAUCGAGGUUAUCGUCGUUUAUUUGGAAUUCGUGAAAAUAAAUUUUUCAAUAAAGAACUAUUUAAUAGAAAUGAUUUUACGAAAGAUUUUAUUAAUAAAUAUAAUAGAAAAGUUCUUCAACGAGGGCAACAUAUUGAAUGUAAUGAUUUAAUGGUAGAAGUUAAACAAGUUAUAAGAGCUUCUUCGACAUUUACAGGAACAACUCAAAUCGAAUUUCGAUUAAAAGGUCGUCCAUUGACAACUGGAGAAAAAACUUGUGUUAAUAGUAAAAUAAUCGAUAAUAAAGGAACAUUAAAUGAAUCUUUUAUCAAUGAACUACUUUAUAAAAAUCGUCAAACAAAUAUUGAUGUUCAAGUUGAACAAGUUUAUUCUUGCUAUUGUUCAGAAUGUAAAAAAAGUUUAAAUCAAGGAGAUUUAUAUGUGAAAAGUGGAAAUUGGAGUCGACCGAUUCUUUGUUUAUCCUGUUAUGAUUUAUUAUUUACUCAUAAAUGUGCUCGUUGUAAUAAAUUAAUAACUUUUGAUCAUGAUUCAUUAACAUCAGAUGGUUUAACUUAUGUUCGCUUUGUUCAACAUAACGAAUUUUAUUGGCAUUCUGAUUGCUGCGUUUGUGUAACAUGUUUACAAUCUUUAAUUGGACUUAAGUUUUAUCAAGAUCAGAUUUAUAAUCAAUUAUUUUGUCUUGAACAUAUUCCUUCUCAAUUAGAAUAA